AUGGAUCAUGCACUAGAAAGGCCGCGACCUCAGCCUGCGACAUCAACUUUAGAUCCAGCUGAAGCAGAAUCUUCGGGGGAUGAAGAUGGGGGCCUGGAUUGGACAAAGCUACCAAAGAUUGGCACCAUGCGUCCGGUAAUCCCAAAACGCGGAGAGAAAGAUUUUGAGCCCGCUCCAGGAGGGGGUUCGGGUCUUCAAGUCCAUGUGUUGGACCGAGCACGCGCUGCGAUGUUUGACGCCCUCAAAGCUGAUCGCGCUAUAUCUAGUAAAUCUGCUAGCUAUGGCAUCUGGUUUCCGCAAAUAUCUCGCGUUCACGUCACCGUUGCCAGAGGUAUCCACUUUUCUGUCAUGGGCCAUUCAGCAGCACGGCCCACAUCAAUUGAUAACGGCUCAACGAAGCUGCAGAAGAGACUAGAGUUACUGCCAGAAGAGGCACUUUAUCUAAUUGAAAGGGGUGCUUUGUUCUGCUGGAAAGACAUUCAAGCAGAUUUGACUGGAUUGGAUGACAUUGAAGAAAUAAUUGGGAAGGAAGAUCUGACGCUCGAAAAAUAUCAGGUCUUUGCAUACUUGAGACGCUUGGGGUAUGUCGUCACCCGCACAGAUCCACCCAGUCCUAGUUAUCCAGUACCCCCACCUCGCCUAAGGAGUGAAGCACUUCCGUCAUUCUGCCGAAGAUUAUUAUCGAUCUUCUCGCUGUUUACGACGAGCGUUUUGAGAUUUUGGAGAGGGUCUUUUAGUUGGUGGAAACCACUCAGGAUAAGUCGGUUGAUACAUCACGAUAAAUCAUAUGGUUGGAACCACUUUACUCCGCUCGAGCUCUUCAAUAACGAGUCUUGUCUAGGCAAGGUCCUCAAGUCUCUGCGAGUCAUACCUGCAGGUCACUCAGUCGCGCCUCAUUCAAGUUGUGCGACUCCUGUCACACCAUCGUCUCCAUACAAGAUAUUCUACAACAUGUACAAGCCCUCGACCAACUUUCGGAAAACUACUCCUCCACAACCUGAUUUCCAGAUUGUCAUCAUCAAUGCGCGAACCGCUUUUGUGCCCUCUCUGUACGAAUUGACGGAGCUAUUCAAUGUUCUUCCGGAAACUCCCCCGCCUCUCCCACGAAAGCGUGGAGCACCUCCGGUAGUUCAAUCAUCCCCUGCAGCAGUCGCAUCGCCCGUCCACACAUCAAUAUUCAAAUAUAUUUUCUCGUGGUUGUUGCCAUUAUCAACGCCACAGCCUAUAUCAUCUCAACCACGGCCGCAUCCAUUUGCAGCACUCAAGGCUGGCAAAAAGAAUAUAGUCAUCGCGGCUGUGGACUCGGGUAACAUCAGUUUCUUUCGAUUCAGUCAAGGCGCUUUUGAAGAGUGGCCGACUCUCUAGCAUCUCAAGCGCUUGAGCUCUGGUCUUUUCGCCAUGAAAAAGUAUACGCUUACGUAUAAUGUCAUGUAUACAGACGACAAACUAUUGCAGGACUUUGAUCGCCUCAACCCCUCCAAAGUCGGGAAUUGUACGUCUUAGGUCGAGUGUUGUCUGCAGAGCUGCAGAGACGUCCGCACUUGACCUUUCCUUUCGCCAUGGGCGAUGGGGUAGCUGCUAGCACUGAAUCUGGUCAACAGUGAGACCACUGUUAGAAUCUAUAUCCAUGCUGCCAGU